UUCCCAAUUUAAAACUGGUGGUGAACUUUCACCGCGUAGCUGUCGUCCGUCUUUACUUCUAACCCUCUCCCCGUUCUCCAAUUCCCCCGCCCGUAGAUCUCGAUUCAGAAACUGUAGAUCUCUGAUUUGAUCGGAUCGUUCUUCUCAGGGCAUUCAUGGCGAAUUCCUACAGAGGCACCUUAUAUGGCGCCGGACCUUUACGAUCCAGAGAAGGCAUCAGCGCGAGAGCGGCCGGUGGUUCCGAUGAAAUACAGUUGCGGAUCGAUCCGGUGCAUGCCGAUUUGGACGAAGAGAUUGACGGUCUUCAUAGAAAGCUCACCCAAUUGAAAACCGUAGCUCAAGAGAUAGAGUCAGAGGCAAAGUUUCAAAACGACUUCGUAACUCAAUUGCAAAUGACACUGAUCAAAGCUCAAGCAGGGGUAAAGAACAACAUGAGAAGGUUGAACAAGAGCAUCAUCCAGCAGGGGUCGAACCAUGUCAUGCAUGUCAUCCUCUUUGCGCUCUUUUGUUUCUUCGUGGUCUACUUCUUGUCCAAAAUCUCCAGAAGAUGAUACAUGGCUAGGUGGGGGCAAAGAAGCUUCUGAAGCAGCCAAUUUGAUCAUUUAAGACAGCCACCCAAUAUUUGGUCCGACGCCGCAGCACGGGUUCCACUGUAAAGCCUUUUCCAACUGGAGCUACAUGAAGGUGUUGUCAGGAAAGAGCUUCUCUUGUUCCAUCUAAUACUGCAAUGACUGAGUAUUAUAAUGUAAUGUAUUGGAACACAUUGAUACGAACAAAGAUACUUGAGCUUAAACUUUCAUUGCCAGUUCUUAACUGUUGGAAUAUACAUUUGAUUCGAAUGAGUUUAAGAAUUUCAGAUUUUAGCUAGU